CAUAGGGUUCUCAUAGAUUGAGUUGUUGAGGUCUUAACUCUACAUGUUAAUCUCGCUUUUCUUGCACCCUCUCGCUAACUAACCCGAGCUCAUCAAUGCAGUUGCAAUCCGUCCUCACUCGUACUCGUCUCCCCGCUUCCCGUCAAUCCCCUCAUCUAAGUUAGGAUAUCCGGUUGUAGGAACAAUGGGCCAUGAGUUGCCGAACCUAUCAGCCGCAAUCCUUCCAAGAAUAAUCCUUGACCAAUUCCCUGACUGAUUUUCAUACACGUGCGCCAGCAUCCGGAGAAGAUAGUCGAGUGGAUGUCAAUGAAAAGGUGUCUCUACUAACGUAAAAAAGUUAUCAUGAUGGCCCCGAGUCUCGGCAUGAUAACCUAGUACAUGUACAGUAAUGGCGGGGCAGAUAGCUUCACACGAGAGGCCAAAAGAGAAAAAGAGGCUGAGAAACGACUUUUUUUUUUUAUGGCGCCGGAGCAGGAGGGGCAAAAACGGCGAGGAAAAGAAGGUGUGAAAAAAUCCGAACUUUUACCCCACCAUUCAGGUUCCCUUCCAGAACAUGUCAAAAAUUCACUACCUCUUACAAGCUCGUCACCAUCACCACAUCGAGAAGUGUAAUCCUCAUCGAUAUCCAAACAACGAGAUAUAACCGACGUUGAACCUUGGCUAUACGGUGCAGAGCUAUCACUUUCUGUCAUACUCUUCUGCUAGAUCGGCCCCCCUCUAUCUCAAGCAAGCGGGGCUGCUUAGAAUCUGUAGCUACCUAGUAGCUUCGACCCUGGAGCUAUCAAAUCGGAUCUUGGCCCUUGUUCUUGACAACCAAAACAAACAACGUACAACAUCUUAGUAUCUUCAACAUGAGCAAGUUCGGUGCCAUGAUCAUGGGCCCUGCGGGCGCGGGCAAGUCAACUUUCUGCGCCGCCCUAAUCACUCAUCUUAAUCUUAAUCGCCGUUCUGCCUUUUACAUCAACCUUGACCCUGCCGCCGAAUCAUUUGAGCAUGAACCAGAUCUUGACAUCAAAGAACUUAUUUCUCUCAAAGAUGCUAUGGAGGAGGUUGGCCUCGGACCUAACGGUGGCCUGAUCUAUUGCUUUGAGUUCCUCAUGGAGAACCUCGACUGGUUGACCGAAGCUCUCGACAGUCUGACCGAGGAAUAUCUCAUUAUCUUCGACAUGCCUGGUCAGAUCGAGUUAUACACACAUGUCCCUAUUCUACCGGCUCUGGUCAAAUUUCUGUCCCAGCCGGGCUCUCUUGACAUCCGCAUGGCCGCUGUCUAUCUCCUCGAAGCCACAUUCGUUGUCGAUCGAGCAAAGUUUUUCUCUGGUACCCUUAGUGCCAUGAGUGCCAUGCUCAUGCUCGAGGUGCCACACAUCAACAUCCUGUCCAAGAUGGAUCUCGUUAAGGGUCAAGUGAAGAAGAAGGAUCUCAAGCGCUUCCUCACACCUGACGUGGGUCUGCUCGACGAUGACCCCAUCGAGCGUGCGCGUCGUGUUACAGAGGGUCCUGAAGCCGAAGAUGACGAGUCAAAGGCACCUGACGAGAAGGAACAAGUAAUGAAGGGUGCUAGUUUCCGACGACUGAACCGAGCUGUGGCUGGCUUGAUCGAGAGCUUCAGUAUGAUCAACUAUCUCAGGCUAGACGUGACCAACGAGGACAGCGUCGGUGCUAUUCUGAGCUACAUUGACGACUGCAUACAGUUCCACGAAGCUCAGGAUCCCAAAGAGCCCCAUGAUGAGGAAUUUGAGGAUCAUGACGACUAGUGUGGAUAUAAUGGCAAAGGGAGAACCUGAGAAAAGAGAAAUCUGUGGUAUCUUGAUAGUAGUAUUGCAUAGCGCCGGCGUUACUGAUUGCUUCUCAUGGUCUGAGAUUGAAUUGAGCUUGGACGUGAUGUGUCACAGUCUCGCUCUUUUUCCUAACCUGCCCCUUUCCACCUCUUUCGUGAUAAUCGUAAGAAUGAUGCUGAUGGGUGUGUUAUGUUGUAUGGUCAUGAUAUAUCCAUGCUUUGUUUCUGGUGCUUCCCUUGAUGUUCCGUCUUCUGGGGGUAUUCAAAAGUGUCGGGUCGUAUGCAAAACAGCCAUUGCUGUAUAUUCGCCGUCCACAUAGAUUCGUUCUGUAUGGACGUCGCUUAUCUCGAUCGUCGUCCAGAAGCCGUGCCUCUGGUUCCGGUCAUGCCCUGUUGCGCCUCGUAGCGAUCAUACUCCUGCAGCCAAACAUUCUUGAUAACGGCCAGGUAUCCCACGAUCUUGCCGCCCAUGACAGCCAUAUCCCUUGCACUCUCAAAGACACCACGCUCCCAGAUCCACGCUGCAAGAGCAAGUAGAAAAGCCCAAGUCGCGAUGCGCAUAGCCAUGCGCGUCCACCACAUGAGCAGACGACGAAUCCAAUUGAGAAUUAUUACAAGAGUGGCGAGUACAACCAGCGAUGCAAUCACGCCGACGAGGCCUUGGUUUUCUGCUAGUACGAUCAUGACGCGAUCAAAUAGCGGCUCGAGAAGAGGCGCAGCCGUGUCGAGAAGAUUCUGCGCUUGGUCGAGGACGUUGCGCGCGAUGAUUUGGACGGGCGAGCGUGGGUGCAGGAUGUGCUUUUGGAUAGAAUCGGCGAGCUCUGGGGGGAGCAGCGCUGUAAGGAGGUGCGUUGCCAGCGUUGGGGGUUCCACGGAGGGCAUUUCGGCGAUAAUUUGUGAUGGGAAUCCUGUCGGUGUAAGGUUUGAGUUUGAGUUUGUUGAUGCUGGUGGGGGAAAUGUUGUUUCGUGGCUUUUCUGUGCGAGCGUCCAGGGUAGUUG